UUUCUGGGUGCCUUCUCCCGUUCAGUACACACGGCGCGGGGGGGAGUGCAGUUUAGUUUCGGCGCUGCUGACAUUACGCAAGUAAUGCAACUCCAUGGAUCUGUCGAAAGCGCUCGCCGAUUGAAGGGCGUAUAGCGCCAAACUCUGUUUAUUUUCGGGCCACCAAAUUGAUCCCUCCGUCUGUCGCGUCUUUACUGCUCUGAGCUGAGCGAAAACUAUCGACUCGGCGCAAAGUGCCCCAGAUGCGCAGUUUCGCGCCGAACCCGAGCUUCAUAUGAGAGAAAUUCGGAGGGAAAAGUAAUCGCGUAGGAAAAAUAAAGCAAGGAGGACUCUGCACUCGCCGAUUUCGUAGUUCGUCAUUGGUGUGUGUGUGUGUAUACGUCGCCAAUUCACUUUACGCAACUGCAAAUCGACGACGAUCGAAAGAGCGCGGCUCUUCCAAAAUGCAUCUCUUUUGAUGUCGAUUUAAACGAGAACGUUCGCUUGGCGUCCCAGCUCUGACGAAACUGCACGUGGAGUAGACUGUCGCAAGACUGUUCUUCCAAAGAAAGAAAGAAAGUAAGAAGGAAAGACAAGAAAAGAAACCAUCAAUGUUAUCGGCAGCAUCGAGACGCAUCAAGUGAAUCUGCGGCGAACAAGGGUAUUGAGCAAACCGGCGACCUCUGGCAAGGAAAUUUCAGUAAAAUAUCGUAUCUCGGCGACCGGCGUGGAGCGCAAAUAGGAGGCACCGACGGAAUCGUCGGGCGCGUCACAAUACCGGCCCACUGCUAGACAAGUGCACCGGGCUCGUAUGUCGUCAUAGUCAGGGAGAGUUCAUUCCCGAAGCAAAGCCUCCCUCGGAUCAAGCCUAGCCCACGUGCUCAAGGAUUGCACAAUCCGGGAGCGAAACAAGAACGAACUAUCCUCAGAGACAAGCACGCAUGCCGAGCUCGAUACUAGAGACACAACUCAAAGCAGUGAAGAUGUGGGCGUUGAAUCGCUGAAUGGACCAUCAAUAGAGUGACUAAAUUUGUAUCAGCAAGGCCGAUAAGCUGCUCAUUAGUAUUUUUAGCCAAGUGUUGCAUAUCACAGUGAUUUUCAAGCAAUACUUAAAUCUAAAUAGAGGUAAAUAUGAGCUAUAGCACUGCGGUUUGAGAGGACAGGAGAGUAAAAAUAUAUGAUUAACGCCGCAUUAAAUUAAAGCUUACGUUUACCGUAUAUUACAUACUUCAUUCGAAAAAAGGGUUUUAACACUGAACAGACUUACGCUGUCGCAUUUCGCACACGCGGCAAUAAAUUCAAUAGAAAGGCGUACGAUACUCUUUAAAAGUGUCCGCUGUAGGAAUAGAUGAUAACGGGGAAGAAAGGCCAAUAAAGAAGCUUUGCAUAACGCGUUACCUUAUCGACGUGGUGGCAACGAUGAAUUGCAGUCCAACAAAUUUGUGUUGAAAGACCCGAAACAUCCGAGAUCUUUGUUUUGUCUUCGCUAAAGGGUUCGCCUCUAGUUCACAUUGAGACAUGUUUUGCCAAAAUAGCACUGACAUAAGCUGACAAUAUCUCGAUACAACCGUGUAUUGUAAAGGAAGAGCAACAGGUUAAUGACGUCUUUAUAGGGCCAAAAAUGAGUCGGCUAGGUAGCUAGCGUAUUGUCGUUUUAUAGUUUCGGUGUUGUUCGAAAGUGAACACGCGGCUGAAUAUAUUAUAAUGCAACAAGCUGAAACUUCGCUUGCCGUAAUUAUUAAAUGAGUCGAUAAGCGAGUCAAGUUACUGGAAGAGACGCACAACGCCGGGUGUGCUUAAGUCUUUAAGGGGACGUUUCGAGCAUACUUUUAAAAAGGUGAAACAACAUUCCAUUGGUUUCUAAGCUUCAUUCCUUAACGCUUAGUUCAAGGCUUCAGAGCACACGACGCAAAAAGCUCGAUAUGUGUAGAGAUAAACGCACGCAUGUAUAUCAAGUUUUUAGACGCCGAAAGGAAAAGCGAGACGGUAUGAAAUACUUAUGAAAAAGCGAGAUGCUAUUACUGAUAGCUCAGUUAUCAGCCAAUAUAGAAGUAAAGUAAAUAUGCACAACAACAGACAUAGCGUCGAAAAUAGAAUUUAGCAGCCAUAUUUUGAGCAAAUGGACGCAGCGUGUAUGUACAGACAGAUCACGAAGCCACGAAAUUCUGCGAAAACUUCUUCUCGCUAAGGAGAAGGAUUCGCAAAUAUCUGACCGCAGACCCGCUUUUUCGUCGCUAAUGGCUUCAUGUUCACAAUCGAGCCAGUUUAGCAAAAGAGAAAUGCCACACUUGCUUCUGGACAAUCUUCAUGACAAUUAGAUUUUCGGCCAGCACACUUAGACAAUCCAGGUGACUGAGUCUACAGUCAACCGAAACGCUUGGACUGCGGCGAAGAAGGAAAACAAAAACGAAUAGUCGAAAGGACAGAUAAUAAGGGUACACGUAGACUCUUAAACCCACGCCUGUUCAAUCAAACCAGCCGCGUGGCGACUGCAAUGACCAACGGAAGUUAAAAGCGAAAUCGGUCGUAAACGUCCUGUGGGGGACAUUAACGUGAACGGGGACAUCGGGCCAAAUCAGCUGGUUGAGGAGGGGCCUCUAAGACGAUGGGUUUAGGCGACGAAAGUUCCCGUUCGAAUCUGGCGGCAGCAUUCCGAGCCAUGUCCAAGCCGAAGACGCAGCUUCCGCCGCCGGCUGUGGUCAUCACGCUGGACACUGACCCGUUCACCGUGGAUGCCAGCCCGGCUACAACGCCCACCACUGCCACCACGCCCACACUCGCCAAGGGCCGCCAAUCCGUGCACAGAGACUCUCUCCUGCCUGUUCGUGUCGACUCGACGACGUCGGGCGAUAGCAAGGUGAACGGUGUGUACAGCGCCACUGGCUCCGGCUCGAACUCGCCGCGGGUGCAGAUCUUUCCGAUGAGGUCACGCGAGAACUCCGUGGUCCAGGAUCAGUCGGGCACCGGAAGCAGCAUCGAUCUCUGCCUGGGCAUUUCAGGCGACGGCCCCGCGGAUGGAGUGCCGCCCGGGACGAAGGCGGACAGGCGCUGUUGCAACGAGAACAGCCGCAAGGUGUCGCUGGGUCUCGUGAUGACGCUGCUCAUCGCCGCCUCGUGGGUCGGGGCGGCGCACAUGCUCAAGGCCACGUUCGCCGAGAGCAACAGCCCCGCCAACCAGAGGCUCACCAGGGAGGGUCGGCUCAACGUUACCGAGGUCACAUUUGACGCACCCUUCUUCACUACAUGGGUCUGCGCAAGUUUCAACACGUUCUUCUUUCCGAUCUUCUUAAUGGGGCGACUCUGCUCCCGAACAGAGAAGACAACUGCCAAGAAUGUGCUCAUCGAGACCCUGGCGCAGCUGCAGGAGAAGCAGUUCACUUUCUCCCAGUUCUUCUCCCGGUGCGGCCUCUUCUGCCUGCUCUGGGUGGUGACCAACUACGCACUGGUGCACUCCCUGCGCAUCCUGGACACCACGGACGUGCUGGCCCUCUACGCCUCCAACGUCUCGUUCGUGUACCUCCUCUCCUGGGUCAUCCUACACGAGCAGUUCGUCGGGAUCAGG